GUUUUUUUUUGUUUACAGGAAGUCGUAUUUUUCCUGUGAAGCAAUUUCUACCUGACUCUAACGACACUCGCUUGUUUUCAUCAUGGAAACUCAGAACGGUGACGCCAUGGAACACUCCGGAAACGACACUGCUACGACUUCACCGGAUGACGAGAGGAAGUUAUUCAUCGGUGGAUUGAGCUGGGAAACUACGGAGGCAAACUUGAAAGAAUUCUUCUCCAAGUUUGGCGAAGUCGAUAAUGUCAACUUGAAAACUGAUCCCAACACUGGUCGAUCAAGAGGCUUUGCUUUUGUCGUCUUCAAGAGUUCUGAAUCAGUUGAGGGCGUGCUGAGCUCCGGUGAUCUGACCAUUCAGAACAAGAAAGUUGAGGCGAAACGCGCUAAGGCAAGACAAGGGAAAGUGUUCGUUGGUGGACUUCCCGCUGAAGUAUCCGAGGACGACAUUAAGGCGCACUUCGGCACUUACGGAAAGAUCGUUCUGAUGGAGAUGCCUUUUGACAAGGUCCGCAACCAAAGGAAGGGCUUCUGUUUCAUCACGUUCGAGUCUGAGAAUUCCAUGAAGAAUCUGUUGCAAAGCCCAAAGCAAGUCGUUGGUGGGAAGGAAGUGGACGUGAAGAAGGCGACUCCGAGGAAUGACCAGAUGGGGGGCAUGGGCGGAGGAUUUAUGCGUGGCGCACCGCGUGGUGCCCCGCGCGGCGGCAUGAUGCGAGGUGGACGCGGCGGUAUGGCUAUUCGGGCUACGACAACAGCUACGGAGGUGGCUACGGUAAUGGCUACGAAGGCUAUGGUCAAGCUGCGGGCGGAGGGCGUGGCGCCCCCCGGGGUGCCGGUCGUGGCGGCCCGCGCGGUGGCGGCCGCUUCCAACCAUAUUAAGCCUCCUCCCCUGUCUUGCCCUACCUCUGCCUACGCAGCUCCCGCUGGGAAAAGUGCAUCAUCAACUGACUACGUCUGCUCCUUCUUCAAGUUUUGUACCUUGUCACUCUAA